AUGCGCCAACCACCAGGAUAUGAGGAUCCUGAUCAUCCCGAUCAUGUUUGUCACUUGCAGCGGUCCUUAUAUGGCCUCAAGCAGGCCCCGCGGGCCUGGUUCCAUCGUCUACAUGAUUUCUUAUUGGAAACAGGGUUUGUUGCAUCCAAAACGGAUGUAUCUCUGUUUUAUUAUUCAACUGCAGGUUCCCGAGUUUUUUUGCUUGUGUAUGUCGACGACAUCAUCAUGCUUGGGAAUGAUGCUGUCUUAGUUGAGUCUCUUUUACAGCGGUUGGCAACAGCAUUUAAAAUCCGAGAUCUUGGACCACCCACGUUCUUCCUCGGUAUAGAAACCAUCACGGUUCCAGAUGGUAUGCUUCUCACACAGCGACGGUACAUACGCGACAUUUUGCAACGAGCUGGUAUGACUGAUUGCAAACCAUUAGCCACACCUGCGUCCAUCACUCAGUCAGUUAGCCAGUCCACCGAGCCGUUCGACAAUCCCACACAUCCCACACAGGAGUAUUGGGGUUUACUUAAACGAGUUCUUCGCUACAUAAAAGGAACUCUUGACUACGGGCUCCGCAUCUCACCAUCCAGGACCUCGGAAAUUCAUGCCUACUCGGAUUCUGACUGGGCUGGGUGUCCAGUAGAUCGCAAGUCCACCAGUGGUUAUGCUGUCUUCAUCGGUACCAACCUCAUCUCGUGGGUCUCGAGGAAGCAGCGCACAGUAGCCCGUUCAUCCACUGAGGCCGAGUAG